CGCAGGCUGCUGAGCCCUCUCGCCUCCCUGCGCGCGAAAUAAGUCCCAGGGCCAGUGUGGCCUCCCCACCCAGUGCUUCCGGGGGCGCCAAAAAACGACUUGCCCUGACCCGCAGCGUCGGCGCUGCGCGCAAGCGCAGUCAGCUACUGGACCCGGCCGGUGUGAAGUUUCACACCCAAGAGGAUGAAGGGCACCUACCUGGCUUAACAGAACGACUCCCAGGUAGUGAGUUUCCUGUUACUGGAAGUGCACUUCUCCGGGCCCUUACUUGUAGAAGUUCUCACAGAUGCGGCUUCUCCUCUGGCUCAGAUCAUGUCUACCAUGAACGAAGCAGCCCACCGGCUAUCCAAAAGUGGGACGAGCCUCUAUGCAGUGCUGGAGCUUAAGAAGGGUGCCUCACCUGAAGACGUCAAAAAAUCCUACAGCCAUUCCCCAUUGCUUCCCCACCCUCCUUUUGGGUAUCGCCUGGGUAGGAAACUGGCCUUGCAGUAUCAUCCCGACAAGAAUCCAGGGAAUACUCAAGCAGCAGAAAUAUUCAAAGAGAUCAACGCAGCUCAUGCCAUACUGAGCGACCCUAAGAAGCGGAAAAUUUACGACCAGCAUGGCUCAUUGGGAAUAUAUCUGUAUGAUCACUUUGGUGAAGAAGGCGUCAGAUACUAUUUUAUUCUGAAUAGUUGUUGGUUCAAGACACUUGUCAUCCUGUGUACACUGCUCACUUGUUGCUGUUUCUGUUGUUGCUGCUGUUUUUGCUGUGGAACACUUAAACCACCACCUGAGCAGGAUAGUGGGAGAAAAUAUCAGCAGAACGUCCAGAGUCAGCCUCCAAGGUCAGGAGCCAAAGGUGAUUUUAGAAGAGAGGAAAAUAGCGAAGAUGAUUUUUAAGAGAUAAAGAAGGAUGAGGUGCUGACCCAGUGAGAGUGCCUUCUGCUGCCCAGUCCCCUGGACACAUUGAAGAGAGGAGCACGUAGCCCUGUCCUGACAUUGACCCUGAUUUGACCCCUCUUCUUUUAAGAAUCUCAAGAAUCUCUUCAGAAGCAUUGAUGACGUUGGUCCCAGUAAGGACAUCACCUCUGCCCUUGGCACCACAACUGUGUAUAGAUUUUGCCCAGCUACUCUUCCUUUUUAGUUGCAGUCCCAAUUUUACUCCAUCAGAAAGCUGCCCUCCCAUGCCUUCCCUUACGAGGUCUCAGGCAGUGGUGGCAGAUUUUUCCUGAAGAGACUUUUUCCUGUGCCUGCCUUGUUAUUGGAACCAGUGCCAGCUGGUAGGGUCCCUGAGCCCCUUGUAAUAUCACCACCAAGAGCCUGAUAACUGAGCAGGGCGGAUCCUGUCCCUGGAGCCGCGGCACCAGUUAACUCUCCCUUGCUGCAACUCCGUGUACCAAGAACCCCUAGCAUCAGCCUCAUUCCUAAGCCAAUAAUGCCUUUAUGGAGCUGGUCUCACCUUCUGGUGCCCACGGCCAUUGGCAUUGCCAGCCUCAUUCCAUGCCACUAUGAGUCAACUCAGGAAAACUGCGAGUGCAUUUGAGGCUUAGGGGUAGUCAUUCCAUCUUUAGAUUCUCCUUGGACUUCAGCUACCAGAACAGCAUGCAUUAGCCUUGGUCCUGUGGGUUAACUGAAGUUCAGACAUCAGUGCCAGCUUGCCUCCAUCCUUUUCACAUCUUAUGCAGGCCAAUUGACAUAUAAUUUGUUCUCAAAAAUAGGGGCAUGAAAUAUGUGAUCCGGAGAAGAUUGCACUUUCUGGACUCUUUUCCCACUCUUGCCUCUUUGUGCUGCUGUUUCGUAUCCUCCUCACACCGUGUAUUUCCUACCCACUCAGGGUCACUACCUACUAACUCCUCAGACUUCUCUUCCUGGACUGGGAGAAGGGCUAAAGAAUGGCGGUAAAUAAAAGAGCUUUUGUCCAA